UAAAUGUUCUUUCUGUAAUAAAAGGAAGAUCGCUUUUGAAGAAAAUUUUGCUCAAUCAUUUUUUUGGAAUGCUCGUCUAUUUGAUUUUCUGUUGCCUUCUGCUGCUACAUUCAGCCACAGCAUUUCAUUCAGGAGCACCGGUAGAAGCAUGCGAGUCGACUCUUCCAAGACAUCUCCAUACCUCUCCUAAACCUGCUUCUGAAUCUCCAUACAUAUUUACUGCUUCUGCUCGACAUUUUUAUCCAGAUUCAAAAAGGAGAAAAAUUAAAGUGAAAAUCCGAGGAGCUCCAUUUAAAGGAUUCUUUGUCGUGGCUCUUGAUGCUGACACCCAUGAAAGAAUUGGCUCAUUUUUGGACGCUACUGGAAUGGAAGCAGUGCCAUGUUCUGCAGUUACGCACACGGAUGGGAGACCGAAAAUAAUGGCUACGAUGCUAUGGCAACCUCCCACAGACAGAAAAAGAGGAGAAGUCUUAUUCAUGGGAACAAUAUUGGAAUCAUUUUCUUCUUAUUAUAGUGGACAGAUUGCAACUCUCCGAAGAAUGAAAAACAGAAAGCCACAAGUUGAUUGCAAUGAUUUUUCUUCGUGUGCGAAUUCAACUAUAACGAGGAAUAAAAUAACGUAGAAUAACAUGGACAAGACCUGUAAAUAUUUAUAAGAAAGCCAUAUUUUAAAAUGAAGAAUAUUUUAUUUUUAGCAAUGGUAUAUGAUUAAUUAAUUGAUGCUUCUUCAAAAGGAGAGAAAACGAGAUUCACUGAAAUUAAAUUUUA